GUGGGCCCAUGGGCACAGUGCUUCACACGCGACAGCCAGCACGCGAGCGCAAGUAUCGGUUUAGAGUGCUAAUUGGAUCCACAAUUGACUGCGCGAGCGAAGCGCACGUUUAACAGCACUGACAAGGAGAGCAUUUGAGUGCUCUCACUGCCUCUCUCAGGGUGCAAACCGCCGCGCGCGCGGCGGGACAGCGCAAUGCGAUCGCGAUACGUAUCUCUCGCAUGGCUCGCCGCAGCAAGUGCACUCAUCGUGCCGCGUCAACGACUGCCGAGAGUCGCGACGCGAAGUGCGGUGGACGAGGUGCCGCGCGGCGGCGCCGUGCCGCCUCUGUUACGAAACAAGACGCCCGUCGAGGCCGUCUGGACCGUGGCCUGGCCGUCGGUAGCCAUCGGUUUACUGAGGACGGCGCUGGGCCAGACUGAUGCGUGGUAUAUUGGCCGAUUGGGAAAGAAGGAGCUCGAGGCCAUGGGGGCGGCGUCGUUCGGCGUCUGGCUCGUUUACUUGUUGGGCGAGGUGGGGGCCGUCGGCGUGCAGGCGCUGGCGUCGGAGAGCGAAGGGGCUGGCGAUCGAAAAGGCGUGGGUAGGGCGGUCGUGCAGGGCCUGUAUUUUUGCCUCAUCUCCGCAUUUGUAUCCUCAUUAUUUUCGAGCAAAGCAGCUCUGGACGCGUAUUUCGACGUACUGAAAGUGACAGACGCCACAGUAAGACGACACGCGGCGUCGUAUCUGCGAGCAACAGCGCGGUACGGCGUCUUGCCGCUGUGCGCCGACGCGGUCGCGUUCGCGGGCUUCAAGGGGUUGGGCGAGACGCGGGCGGCGCUGCAGAUCUCCGCGUUUACUGUAUUGUUAAAUAUAGUGCUGAACGGGCCCUUCAUCAAGCGUUUUGGCGUGGCCGGCGCGGCGCGUGCCGGUGUCCCAUCGACGCGACGUUGUCUUCGUAACUGCGUCUGCUCGAUGGCGUGAAGGUUCCACGCCGUCGACGCGACGGUGUCCCCGUGGUCGCGUCGGCUCGAUGGUGUGAUUUCCGCGCAGGCGCACGCUACCUCGAUCUCCGCCCUGGCGGCGACGCUCGUCGCGCUCUGGCGGUUGAGUUUGAGGCGCGUCCGACUCUCAAGGACUCCGAAGCCCGAUGUGAAAACGAUCAGGCAGAUUACGAGAGUCGGGGGGCCGAUAGGAGUGUCGGGCACGAUAUUCACACUCAUCUACGUGAUUCUGGGCCGCCAGCUUUCCGCAUUGCAGGGCGGCGCCGCGCUGGCCGCGCUGGCGGUGGGGCACCGCAUCGAGGCCGUCUCAUAUACCAUAACGGAGGGCUACGCCGUCGGCGUCGCGACGGUCGUCGGCCAGUGGCGCGGCGCCGGGAAUAAUGAGCGAGCGGCCGAGUCCGCGUUCCAGGCCUCGCGGUACGGCGCCCUGUCCAUGGUGCCCCUCUCGCUGCUCGCGUUCGCGUUCGCGCCCGCGGCAUCAAGCUUCUUCGCGCCGGACCCGGCCGUGUCGCAAGCCGCCGCGAAUUAUUUAAGGGCCGUGGCGUGGUGCUUCCCCUUCUGCGCCGUCGAGGCGUGUUUUGAUGGCGGGUGCAUCGGCGCGCAGCGCACUGUUUUAUCGAUGGUGCUCGGUGUGCUAGGGAAUGGGUUGAGGAUCCCGCUUGCGGCUUUAUUCGCCUCCAAAUAUGGAGUCGACGGCGUCUGGUGGGCCAUCACGCUGUCGACCAUAUUGAAAGCACCUCUCAAAAGGUGGUGCUUCCGGCGAGCUAUUAAGAAUUGUGAUUAG